CAAAAUGUUACUAAUCGCGAUGUCUAAGAAUAUCCUCGUUUUCUCAUCGAUGAGCAAAUUUAACUGUCAUAUUUGUAGAAGUUGAUAUAUUUGAAAUUACCAAAAAUUCGAGCUGUAUUUGUGUUUAUUCUGUUAGUGUGAGCAUCGGUGUUGAGAUAAUACGUCGAAAUAUAUGAAGUUUAAGGAAACUUUAAAAUCGUAACACUUCUUGAUAAUUAAUCACGAUCUCAGAUCUCAGAUUUGUACGGCUGUAUAUACAUUGGUAUAUACAUGAAGUAUGACAUUCGAUUAUGACGUUGACAACUGAAUUUUGAAGGUUGAGAAUUGACAUAGGAUCUUAGAACGAUCUAUAAUAUUUUGUAAAUGAUAUUAUUGUGCACAUGUAGAAAAGUGUGUAUCAUAUAUUUUGUCUAUAUAUUCUAAUUCUUUUCUUUAUUUGGUUGGAAACGACAUUAGUAAUAUUUCGUAAUCAAGAAGUAAGAUUAAUAUUUCUUUUACUAUACAGCUAAGUAAAGGUUAGAAAUCAAUUCAUCCUUUACCAUUAUGGCUGCAGGAACUAUAUUGGCGAAAGCUAUUGAGCUGGUGACAAAAGCUACAGAGGAAGAUCGCAAGAAAAAUUACGAAGAAGCACUUAGAUUAUAUGAACAUGCUGUGGAGUAUUUUCUUCAUUCUAUCAAAUACGAAGCACAAGGUGAUAGAGCUAAAGAAAGUAUAAGAUCAAGAUGCUUGCAGUAUCUUGAAAGAGCGGAAACAUUGAAGGCAUAUUUGAAAAAAAGUAAGAAGAAACCAGUAAAAGCAGGCGAAGAUAAUGCAAAGACAGAAGAUAAAAAAAGUGAUAGUGGGGACAGUGAUACUGAUAGUGACCCCGAGAAGAAAAAACUUCAAACUAAAUUAGAAGGAGCAAUUAUUAUAGAAAAGCCAGAUAUCAAAUGGAACGAUGUUGCUGGUCUUGAUGGGGCAAAAGAAGCCUUGAAAGAAGCUGUUAUCUUGCCAAUACGAUUUCCACAUUUGUUUACAGGAAAACGUAUACCUUGGAAAGGUAUUUUACUUUUUGGGCCUCCAGGUACAGGUAAAUCAUACUUAGCAAAGGCAGUGGCAACAGAGGCUAACAAUUCUACAUUUUUCUCUGUUUCAUCUUCGGAUUUGGUAAGCAAGUGGUUAGGUGAAUCUGAAAAACUUGUGAAGAAUCUGUUUGAUUUAGCACGUCAACAUAAGCCAAGUAUUAUAUUCAUUGAUGAAAUAGAUUCACUUUGUUCAUCUCGCUCUGAUAAUGAAUCUGAAUCAGCACGAAGAAUUAAGACUGAGUUUUUAGUUCAAAUGCAAGGAGUGGGUUCAGAUAAUGAUGGCAUAUUAGUUCUGGGUGCAACUAAUAUACCUUGGGUAUUAGAUUCUGCUAUUAGAAGGAGAUUUGAAAAGAGAAUAUACAUUCCACUACCUGAAGAACAAGCACGUGCUGUUAUGUUUAAACUUCACCUAGGAAGUACAGCGCAUUGUUUAUCAGAUGAUGAUUUCAAAAAAUUAGCAGCUGCCACAGAGGGUUAUUCAGGAGCAGAUAUAAGUAUCAUUGUAAGGGAUUCUCUCAUGCAACCUGUUAGACAAGUUCAAACAGCCACUCACUUUAAAAAAGUAAGAGGGCCAUCUCCAAAGGAUCCAUCUGUCAUUGUAACUGAUUUACUCACACCAUGUUCUCCUGGAGAUCCGGAUGCUAUUGAAAUGAGCUGGAUGGAAGUAGAUGGCGAUAAAUUAUUUAUUCCUCCUGUAACCAUGAGAGAUAUGCAAAAGUCCUUAGCAACGACACGUCCAACAGUAAAUGAAGAUGAUAUGGCAAAACUGGAAAAGUUUAAAGAAGAUUUUGGACAAGAAGGUUGAUCCUUGGAUACUUUUUAUGAUGUAAAUUAAUUCUUUAUAAGAGCAUAUUUUCAGUUAUACGUGCUUGCCUUGUUAAUCUUUGAGAAACAAUUAUACUUAACAGUGUUUGUAUAAAGAUAUCUAAAAAGAAGUGCAUACUCCUUUAUCUUACGUCUCUCUCUCUCUCUAUUUCAUUAUAGAAAAAUGAUGAAUUCACCAUAGGCUAUUAAUCUAUAAUAUUUACUACAA